CAAUUCUUAUGGCUUACAACUUAUGUCAUCAGCUGAUAGCUCAUUGUAGAAAACUCAUUAUAGAAAAUGGCCUCUACUAUCCGAACGUGUUUGUUACGCUCUUCUGGACUUUUCAGAUAUUCGUUAAAAAAUGUUCCACUCGUGAGCAACGAUGCACGUUACUUAUUUACUAAGGUCGAUCCUUCGCACCUACUGAAGACGCACGUCCCUUUGCUAUACGAUACGAAGAAUUCGACAUUCUUCGUAAAUAAACCUGCGGAAGAAUUGUGGAAAGGCGUGACGAGUGUUAGCAAUGCGGGAAGGCGCAGAGGUAGAGCGAAAGGCUUGGCGAGAAAGAGAGAUUUAAACAAGGGUCAGAUUAUCGGCGUGGGAAAAAUUCCUAUACAAUUUCCUGGCCUCAAUACUCCUGUGUUUCGAGGAAGAGAACUCGUUCAACAGCAAAAGUUACCCGUGGAUCCCGAAAGGCAGGAAAGACUCGCAAAGCUACGGCAAAGUUCACAGACUAGGCCAAAACGGAUAAAAUUAUCACCAUUGGAACGUGGUUGGACGAGCGCCCAGAUGGGUGGUCGAAGGAUCGGACCGCCCGAUCCUAUUGGAGAAGAUACCUUUGAAGGCUUUGAAACUUGGGUAUUGGAAAGCAAAAUGGUAAAUUGUAUGACUGGUAAUCUAGGACGUAAAAGCAGAUUCAGUACAUUUGUCAUAACGGGAAAUGGAAAUGGUCUAGCUGGAUUUGCACUGGGAAAAGCACCUGCUCAAAAAGCUGCUAUAAAGAUGGCUAAGAAUAGGGCGGGUCUAAGGUUAAUGUAUAUUCCUAGAUACAAGGAACAUACGGUGUUACAUGACUUUUUCACACAAUUUGGAAACACAAAGAUAUUUGUUAAGAAAAUGCAUCAAGGUUACGGACUCGUCUGCCAUCGUGCGUUAAUAGCAUGUUGCGAAGCGAUUGGCAUAAAGGAUAUGCAUGCCAAAGUAGAAGGUUCCAUAAAUUUACAGCACAUCGUAAAAGCUUUCUUUAUCGGUUUAUUACAACAGAAAUCGUAUCAACAACUAGCGGACGAAAAAAAACUGCAUUUGGUUGAGUUUAAAUCGGAAAACGGGAAUUAUCCAGUAGUGAUCGCUUCACCAUCGGAAGUUAGAAAGCCAGAACAAGUGGCGUCCCACGAGAUCCUCGAUUUUACUCAAUAUGUUUUGGGUGGUAAAGUAACAUUGGAAAAAAAGAAAAAUCCGCCAUUCUACACGAAACUUCCAUCUUGGAAAAACAGAUUGGUAAAGCUGGAACGAAGAAGGCAUUUUGAUGAAACAAAAAUAAAUCUAAUGGCAGAGUAUGGAGCGUUGCAUAGUUUUCUAACUGAAAAAUAUCCAGAGGCUAAGCUGCGACCUAAGCCGAAGCGAAGCGAAAGUAAUGAAACGGAGGAAUGAAGGGUAUACUCUAUCGAUCAUUAUAUUCUAUACGUGAUUCUAAAUAAAGUUUUUAGAUCAGCCCCUGGAAAAA